AUGUCUUCUUCAAGGGACUCUAUCAUGAAUGCUUUUAGUAUGACCGGAGGAGAUGGAGAAAAUAGUUAUGCUAAAAAUUCUGAAUAUCAGAGAAAUGUUUUAUCUGAAACGCAAAUGAUGGUGGUGGAGAGCAUCAGAGAGAUGUUAAUGGAGUUACGGUUUCCUGAAUAUAUCAAAGCGGCUGACUUGGGAUGUUCUUCCGGACAGAACACGUUCUUGGCCAUGUCUGGAAUCGUCAACACAAUCAUAGAUUCUUACGAACAAAAAGGUCGAACUAGCUCGCCAGAGAUCGAUUGUUUUCUAAACGAUCUUUCAGAAAACGACUUCAACAUGACUUUCAAGUGGCUCCCUUCCUUCUACGACGGUCUUAAAGAAGACCUCAAAGGAAGGUGCUUCGUGUCGGGAACCCCAGGAUCCUUUUACUCGAGGCUUUUCCCAAGAAACUCUCUCCAUUUCGUCCAUUCGUCCUACAGUCUCCAUUGGCUCUCUAGGGUUCCUCAAGGGCUUAAGGAGGAAGAUAACAAGAGGAGUGUGUUUAUAAAUAGCUCAAGCCCUCUAAACGUAUACAAGAGUUACUUGGAACAGUUCCAAAAUGAUUUCUCCUUGUUUCUAAAAAUGCGUUCAGAAGAGAUGAUGCCUAAUGGACGUAUGGUUCUUGCUUUCAUUAGUAGAAACGCUUCCGAUCCUUUAUACAGAGACUGUUUUCACAUGUGGUCAGUGUUAUCUGAUUCUCUCCUCGACCUUGUUGCUGAGGGAGUAGUGAAGGAAUCAGAGGUGGAUGCAUUCAACAUGCCGUUCUAUGACCCAGAAGAAGGAGAGGUGAGGGAAGUGGUCGAAAGCGAGGGCUCCUUUGAGAUCAAUAAGAUCGAGACACGUGAGUUUCUUGUUCAUUACGCAAGUAGUGGUGAAGAUGUUGACUACGAAACAUCAGAUCGAUUCAAACAGUGGCAAGACAUCGCAAACAGCAUUAGAUGUAUCAGUGAAUCAAUUCUGGUUCCUCAUUUUGGAGAAACUAUUAUGGAUCGUUUGUUCCACAGGUACGCGAUCCAUGUUGCCAAGCAUUUGACUGUUUCAACUCCACACCCUAAAACGACAGUGAACCUCGUCGUUUCGCUGACUAGGAAAUAA